CUCUUUUUCAUGUUUCUCCUUAUAAAGCCCUUUACAUUGGGUUCUACUUUUCAUUCUCUUCUCACCCUUUCUCUUCAUUCUAGUUUUGUUAAGAGUAACUACAGAACCUUAAAACACCAAAACCAACCAUGUCAACCCACCAUUCCCUCAUCACCCUCUUCUUCUUCUUCCUUUUCCUCUCUUGCCAUGCCUUCACUUCUGUCACUGCAGAAGAUGACACUGAUUUUGUUCGUCCAAUAGACCGCAAGUUGUUAGGCCUAAAGAGGAAAGAAAAGGUGAGCCAUUUCAGGUUCUAUUGGCAUGACAUAUUGAGUGGACGCAACCCCACUUCAGUUUCUGUUGUUGCACCACCUUUGAAGAUGAACACAACCACUGCUUUUGGUUUGGUCAACAUGAUUGAUAACCCUUUGACCAUGGGACCUGAUAUGAGUUCCAAACUUGUGGGGAAGGCUCAGGGGUUCUAUGCUUCUGCAUCUCAGAGUGAGGUUGAUCUGUUAAUGGCUAUGAACUUUGCUUUCAUUGAUGGGAAGUACAAUGGGAGUACCAUCACUAUCAUGGGGAGGAACCCCGUUUUCAAUAAGGUUAGGGAGAUGCCUGUGGUUGGUGGUAGUGGACUUUUCAGGUUUGCUAGGGGCUAUGGAGAAGCUAGAACUCAUUGGUUUGAUCUUAAGUCUGGGGAUGCUAUUGUUGAGUACAAUGUUUAUGUUAUGCAUUAUUGAUUAUUUGUGUUAUGGGGUAUACUUUUUGCUUUUACUAUGGGAAUUGGCACUCUUUCUGUUUAUGUUUAUUUUUAUUUUUAUUUUUUGUUUUUGAGGUCUUGUGAGAGGUGGGGUUUGUGUUCAUGAACCCACCUUUUGUCCUCUGACUCCCCCUUUUUAAUUAUGGUGUAUUUGUGGUUGGUGUUAUAAUUAGAAUAAUAAUUUAUGUUC